ACCAAUGAAAUGUGACCCCACGACCCUUUUCGAGUCAAGGCCUGUCCGUCUUCACACACGUACAAGUACGGAUCAAGUUUGUCUGUUAUUGUCAACCUCUGUAAUCACCGCGGGAAUGAUACAUUGUUUCAGCAGAGACUCCUUAACCUCAGCGUAAUGGCGGGUUUCGUGUUGACACAGAGCAUGGCCUAAACUCCUUCCGCGUAAACUGCCACGCUCAAUGGUACUUAUACCGUGAGCGGGAAUUUGAUCAAUCUUGCCUAUUAUAUUUCCACCGAUCUGUCGCCACAAUGUAUCAAACCCGCUACCGCUUCGUCAUCUCCGGACGUAGACCUCGCAGGUCCAUGAGGCAGCAUCACAUUCACGGCGUCGCUGGGCAGAGCUAUGAGGAAAUCAAAAGGAACUGCCUGGCGAGGCGUGCACUUUUUGAGGAUCCCGAGUUCCCCGCGGAGAGCAGCUCGCUAUAUUACAGUCAGCCGCCGAGACGGCAAAUAGAGUGGAAGCGACCUAAAGAGAUAUGUUCCAACCCCCAGUGGAUCGAUGAGGGUGCCAGCAGGUUCGACGUGGUUCAAGGAGAGCUCGAUGACUGUUGGUUGAUAGCCGCAGUUGCAUCCCUCACCUGCGACCAGAAGUUGUUCGCCAGAGUUGUCCCCCCUGACCAGAGUUUCCAACAUGACUACUGUGGAGCCUUCCGGUUCCGGUUGUGGUAUCAGGGCGAGUGGCUGGAUGUGGUGGUGGACGACCGACUGCUACCGACCUACCGCGGUCAGCUCAUCUACAUGCACUCGGACACACAGAGGGAGUUCUGGAGCGCCCUCUUAGAGAAAGCGUAUGCCAAGCUACACGGGUCAUUCGAGUCGCUGAAGGGCGGGUCCGCGCACGAGGCAAUGGAGGACUUCACUGGGGGUCUGGCGGAAGUGUUCACUUUGAAGGAAUGGCCGCCCAACCUCCUCCAGAUCAUGCUGAAGUCUCACGAGAGAUCGGCGCUCAUGGCCUGCUCAAUCGAUUAUGACGGCCAGACGGUAGACCAGCAUCACCGCCUUGACAACGGCCUCAUCGUUGGCCACGCCUACAGCCUGACAUCAGUCAGACAGAUCGACGUGGAUGGCUCUGGGAAUCACACGACUCUACUCCGCGUUAGGAACCCCUGGGGUAACGAUAAGGAGUGGAAUGGGGCUUGGAGUGACAGGUCGCAGGAGUGGGAGAGACUCCCGGAGUACAAGAAGCAGAGUCUCGGGCUCACGUUUGAUGACGACGGCGAGUUCUGGAUGAAUUUGUUUGACUUCCUGAACAACUUCUCCGAGCUGGAGAUCUGUAACCUUGACCCCGUGUGCAACGAGAGCGCGAUCUCCGUCAAGAGGUGGGAGGUCACAACCCACACCGGAAGUUGGGUCAAACACGUCAGUGGUGGAGGUUGCCGAGGAAACCACCCAGAAACUUUCUGGACGAACCCCCAGUUCCGCGUGACGUUGAUCGACCCGGACGAGACGGACGACGAGGAUGAGUGCACGGUGAUAGUGGCACUGCUGCAGAAAGACAGAAGGAAGAAGAGACAGGAGGGGGUCGACCUGCUCCAGAUCGGUUACAUCAUAUACAAGCUGAAAGACAAUCACCAAGGCACGCUGGAUAAAAACUUCUUUCUCUACAACGCAUCCGUGGCGAAGUCACCACCCUUUAUCAACAGACGCGAGUCUUGUGGGAGGCACAAACUUCCGCCCGGAAAUUACGUCAUCGUUCCCUCGACAUUCAAACCAAACCAGGAGGGGGAGUUCCUGCUGCGGAUCUUCACAGAGAAGGUCAAGCUGACUCAGGAACUGGACGAGGAAACCAAGUUUGUUGAAACCGAGAUCCAUACAUGUUAUCCACAAGCGUUGGUAGGAGGUUCCAACGCUGUAACCCAACCGUCGAACUUCCCGCCGCCCCCGACGUCAGCAGACAGCCGGGAACAAGAGGAACGCCUGGCCAGGUUCCGCACCAUCGCCGGAGACGACAUGGAGGUUGACGCCUACGAGCUACAGGAUGUCCUCAACUUCGCCUUCACGAAAAAGUUCCAGUUCUCGGGCUUUUCUAUUGACGUCUGCCGGAGUAUGGUGGCGCUGCAUGACGGUGACCUCUCUGGAAAGCUUGGAUUCGAGGAGUUCCGAGAUUUGUGGGCUGACCUCAAAAGAUGGGAGGGUGUGUUCAGAGAGUAUGACAUAGACCGGAGCGGAUCCUUCAACUCCUAUGAGCUUAGGCUGGCUCUCAACUCAGUGGGUUUCCGGUUGAGUAAUCGCACUCUACAGUCGAUCGUGAUGCGGUACAGCAACAAGGAAGGCCAAAUUGAGUUCGGAGACUUCAUCGUGUGUGCAGUGCGGCUAAAGACAAUGAUUGAAGCGCACAGAACAGCAGAUUUCACCAAUAUCAAUAACUUUAUUCAAACCACGAUGUAUUCAUGAGCAGAAGUCAGACGAACUUCCGUUUCCUGCCUCGUGCCACUAUGGUGAUUCAAGAAGUGUGUCAACUGGUAUUACGUCUCACACACGAGUCCGAUCUGAAUACUACUUGGUGUUGGUGCAGUUUACGCCAACUGGGACCACUGAUUCCACCAACUGUGAUCAGGCGAAAUGCAAUCAAACUUGUUCGGUAGAAUCGCAGGAUGUGUCUUUUCAGUAGCUCUUGGUGCACCUGGCAUAAAGCCAAUCAUGGUCUGACCAUUUGGACAUUCUUGCCGACACAAAUAUUUUUGUCGGUCAUUGUUUUAUAUAAUUUAUUUCUCAGAACAUUGAAGCCGAAAAAGGUUUUAAGAGCAUCCAAACAUGGACUUUCUGUGGGUUUUUAUUUUCAAUAUUUUGUUCAGCAGUUUUUAAAGAAAUAUACACCCCUGGAUAAUGGUCGGUCAUAAUGAUUUGUUGCAAUAUUGCGUGUGCACAUAGCUGUCUUUCGUUCGUACAUAAUACAAUUUUCUACGGUUGAGGUAGAUCUGUAAUUUUAAACACCUUUACUCUGUCUCAGGAGCUAGUUUUACCCACGGAAUAUCUUUCUCAACAAAUGAUAAUAUUUGUCUCAGAAUCUUCCACGAGUCCAUGAUAUAGCAUGGACACUCUAGUUCAUUUAACUCAGAAACCAUUCUACUAAAACCAAAAUAUGCCUGUUAAAAGAGGCAACGUAUAUACCACACUCAGAUAAGUGCCUUAAAUACUUCAGAUCAUCCUUGUAUUAUUUUUGUUUCUUGUGUUUCUGUUAAGCAGUCCUUCCUAUUUAUUCAAUACAGUGCCUUCUUGAAGAUAUUCUUGCUAUGCAGUUGCUUGUCACGUGGUGUAUUUCUGACCACUGGUGAGCUGCUUGUUUGAAGCACAUGAUACACAUAUCGACAUAUUGGACUUGCAUAAUUACAUGCUAGAGUUUAAUACAUGAUCUGCUGUUUCUGUUGUCUAUAUUUCUAUUUAUGCAAAAUAAAUUUAAACCAAAACAUUA